AUGUCCCACAGUUCCCCAGGGUCGAGGCGAGCGUCCCUCGGGGGCACGCCCUCACCUCUGCGAUCGCCGGCGGCGCCGUCGGCGCAAGCGCACCCCUUCUUCACCAACUACGCCAAUCCUCCCUUGACCACAUCGGGAGCAACUGGCGCACCGUCGUCAACCUUUGUCACGCGGCAGCAAUUCGACUUUAUGCGGCGGCGGUCGGUCGACGUCGGCGUCCUUGGUGUGGGGAUGCAUCGUCAGGGUAAUGGCGCACCGAGUCGAAGAGUGCGGGAAGCGGUGGGGCCGGAUGCAGGAGACAAAGAGUUCGGUCUCGUAGGUGCGGGCGCCAAAGGAGGUAAAGAUCGAUUGUAAGUGGCAGGUAUUUGAGGCCGUUGACGCGCAAAGGGUUUGACCGCUCGCUCGAGACGAUGUGGUACUGACGCCAUUGAGAAUUUUGGGCAUUCUACUAUGGCGUAUGUUUUCAGACUUGGACGGCAUCUGGCAUCGCUACUCGCACAUUCGCUCUCCCUGUGCUCCGAGCCGCAACCUCCCCCGACCGACGAGGUACAUUUCGACACCGACCCGCUCGCGUCCGACGAAGGGAGGAUCCCAACCAAAGUUUUGCCCCCGAUUCCAGGAUCGGUUGAUUCCUCGCCAAGUGCUUCGCGCAACACGUCCGUAUCGACGGGUUCGUUAUCAUUCAGCGCGGCCGGCUCCUCGCUGUCCGAGCGCAUCGAUGAGCCUGCGGGCGCCGUCCCCCCGCUGCACGCCAGCGCCCCCAGCGCCCCCAAAGCCACCUCUUUUCCCGUCAUUUCGGAAGCAAAGCGCUGCAAGCUGAUCGCGAGUCUGCAGUCGUGGUCGUUCAACGCGAUGGGCCACUCAUCCGACGACCUGUUGAGCUGCGUCGGCAUCAUCUUCGAGGGCGUGCGCAACAUGGAGGGCGUCGACUUUGACCUCACGCAAUACAGGUCGCUCUUGCUGCUUCUACGCUCUGCCUACCACGCUCGCAACGGCUACCACAAUUUUUCACAUGCCACCGAUGUCACGCAAGCGUGCUACUCCUUCCUCGUGCGGAUGGGGUUAGCUCCACCCCUGUACCUGCUCUGCGAGGACGACUACGAUGCGAACCUUGGCGAGGGGAGACGAAAGUGGCGACGCAACCGUGCCGUCGAAGAGAGCGGCAUGGGGGAGCUUUUGCGCCCUAUGGACGUGUUUGCUCUCAUGGUCGCCGCGAUCGGCCACGACGUUGGCCAUCCGGGCCUCAGCAAUGCCUACAUGGUAUGUUCUGUUGCCUGAUGCAAGUUCGCACCCUUCAAUAGAUCACUGACCCGUUCUUCCCGCACCCGCACGAUAGAUCAACGCUCGUACACCCGUCGCGCAGAUCUACGACAGUUCCGUGUUGGAGAAUUUCCACACCGUGACGCUGAUCCAUAUGCUGCGGCGAUCCGGGUUUGGCCACCUCCUCGGCGGUGAAUUCGGGUGCCUGGGCGAGAACGCGACCGAGUUCCGCAAGGUGCUCGAGGCCUCGAUCCUGGCGACCGACAUGUCGCGCCAUUUCAGCUUCGUCAACGAAAUCACCGACCUAGGCCGACGCUUCGAUGAGCGCCGAGAGUCAGACCUCGGCAGCCUCGAAUCCGAUCGACUGCUGCUGUGCUCGGGCCUCAUGAAGUGCGCCGACAUUUCGAACCCAACGCGUCCGCAUCGCAUAUCGAGGGCAUGGUCGACGGCUCUGCUCGAGGAAUGGAGCGUCCAAGCCGCGACCGAGCGACAAUAUGGUCUCCCCAUUUCGGUGAUGACGAUUGAUCACGUCGACACCAAGGCGCAGGCCAAGAGCCAGGUCGGCUUCAUUGACUUGUUCGCCAAGCCGCUGUUUGAUGCCAUGGCUAAAGUCGUCGAUGGUGAGUUUCUCUGGUGGGAUGGAAACCAUCCGCACUGCAAGCGCUGACCCUCUCUUGGUCUUUGACGGCAGAAUUUGCCGACUUUGCUGAAAAACUGCGCGACGGCCGAAUCGCUUGGGAGGCCAUCUCCCUCCAGGGUGACGAAGCGUUUCGACAGGCACCACUCGGCAAGGAAUUCGAGCUUUCGCCUGCUCCUGUACCCAGAGCGCCCUCGAGAAACUCGUCGGGAGCCCCUGCCGAAGGCGGUGUCGAAGAUGAAUCGCCAGCAACUCCUCGAAUCGACUCGCACUCUGGGGCGCCUCGACCCUCAUCCCCGCUCCCGCCAUCGGCCACCACUCCACAACCCGGCAAAUCGCCUGCGUCCCUUCCGAGCUCACGAGGAUACCCCGAUGACAGUAUCCCUCCUGUCCCUGUACGGCCUAUCCCCGUUCGAGGCCGUCCAUCUCCUAUUCGUCCUGACCACAUUGUUCGACACAACCGCCAGUUUUCGUCCGAGUCGUCGUCGUCGACAAACCUGUCGCCGCUCUCGCCUCUCUUCCCCGCCUCCGUCUCGUCAAUUGCCACGGGCACGUCUGUGACGGCCUCGACCCCGUCCGAGUAUGCCUCGCCGUUUCCGACCGCUCGUGGUGGACUUGGCCACCCGUCGGCUCAGCUGGGCAGCGAUCUCUCGGCCUCGUUCAAGGCGACGUGUGGCGGCGCCUGCACCACUACGACGGCCAUGUGCGAGGUGUGUGCCCGCAAAAUUGAGGCCGCCGCUGUUCGGCGAGGAUCCUUGGGCCGCGCUUUGGCCGGGAUCGAGCAACGUGAGGCCGAGGAGCUCGAACAAGCCGAGUACGACGGCGAGGAUGCGGUCAUCGAGACCGAUCCAUCGAUCUGGCCACCUUAUCCCUUCAUGUGGGUUCGCGGGAUGCGUUUCUUUGUUCUUUUUAAUUGAGUUGAAGGAUGCUAACGAUGUGCUGUUCCUCUGCAGGCCCACUCGCGCAUCUGCUCAGUCGCCUUUGGCUUCGGCGAUGGGCUGA